UCUCUCUCUGUCUCUCUCUCUUCUCUCUCUAAAAACUUCUAUAACUCCAGCACUAGUGAGUUGAGAAUUACCCCUCUCUUGUUUAGCACUGCACAUUCUUGAGUCGCAGAGAUUCGUGGUUUGUCGUUCAGACUCGACCACAGGACCAAUGGCCUUGGUUACAACUGCUGAAGUUUGUGAUGCAAACCCACAACUAAUUAUAAGCGGUGAGCUUAGGGCCCUCCAGCCAAUUUUUCACAUAUAUGGCCGCCGCCCAGUCUUCUCUGGACCAAUAGUUACCCUCAAGGUAUUCGAAGACAACGUUUUGGUUCGUCAGCUUCUUGAGGAGAAGGGUAAUGGCAGAGUUCUUGUUGUAGAUGGGGGUGGAAGUUUGCGGUGUGCAAUAUUGGGUGGCAAUCCUGUUGUCCAAGCUCAGAAUAAUGGAUGGGCAGGAAUAGUUGUGAACGGCUGUAUCAGGGAUGUGGAUGAGAUAAAUGGCUGUGACAUUGGGGUGAGGGCUCUGGCCUCCCAUCCAAUGAAAGCAAAUAAGAAAGGUAUGGGAGAGAAGUACGUUCCAGUUACCAUUGCUGGGACAAGGAUCUGUGAUGGGGAAUGGCUUUAUGCAGAUACUGAUGGUAUUUUGAUUUCCCCGAGUGAGCUAUCUGUCUAAAGCAAAGACAGUAUUUGCAGGAUAAUAUUUCUGUUAGGUAAGUUCUGCUCUAUUCUGCUUGUUCUUGAGCUAGUUUUGAACUUCUGAGGAAACUCUACUGUGCUCAACCAACUUCAAUAAAAGUAUGUUGUAUGUGUUUCUCCACUUUUAA